AUGGCAGGCUGCCGGCACCCGGUGUCAGUGCACGGGUCAGCCCUGGUGCAGAUCAAGCGGCUUCAGACUUUUGCCUUCUCCGUGCACUGGUCAGAUGGCAGCGACACCUUGGUGCGCAGGACCUGGGACGAAUUCAGGCAGCUCCAGAAGACCCUCAAGGAGACCUUCCCGGUGGAGGCGGGCCUGCUGCGGAGAUCCGACCGCGUCCUCCCCAAGCUCCCCGACGCGCCGCUGUGGGCGCGCGGCGGUCGCACGAGCCGCGGGCUGGCGCGCCUGCGGCUGCUGGAGGCCCACACCCGGGCGCUGCUGGCGGCACCGGAGCGAGUGACGCAGAGCACGGCGCUCAUCAGCUUCUUCGCGCCGCACCCCCCGGACCUGGAGCCCGCGCUGCCGCCCGGCAGCCUGGUGAUCCUACCCACCCCCGAGGAUCCCCUCCCCCUCGCCGCGGGCAGCCUUGCCAUCCACAGCCUGAAGGCGCAGAGCCUGCGCUGCCUGCAGCCCUUCCACACCCAGGACACGCACGGCCGGCCCUUCCACACGCGGGCCCAGGAGAGCCUGGACGUGCUGCUGCGACACCCUUCAGGCUGGUGGCUGGUGGAGAACGAGGACCAGCAGAUGGCCUGGUUUCCAGCUCCCUACCUAGAGGUGUCACCGGGCCAGGGCCAGGAGGGGGGCCCAUCCCUGGGGAGCAGUGGGCCCCAGUUUUGUGUUUCCUGUGCCUACGAGGGCACCCGCAGGGAUGAGCUGUCGGUGCCCGCGGGGGCGUGCGUGCGUGUGCUGGAGAUGUCGGACCGCGGCUGGUGGCUGUGCAGGUUUGGUGGCCUGGAGGGCCUCCUUCCUGCUGUGCUGCUGAGGCCAGAAGGGCUGGGAGCGCUACUGGGCGGGCCAGGGUUCCAUGGAGGGGAGGACAGGGCAGGCGAGACCCGCUGCUCCCCCAAACCCUCCCAGGCCACAACCCCUCCCCCUACCGUGCCCGCCCGACCCCCACUGAGUGCCAUCCAGAGCCGCUGCUGCACCAUCACCCGUAGGGCUCUAGAGCGGGACCCAGGGCGUCAGGGGCUCCCUAGAAGGUGUGUGGAACAUACAGGGAGGGCUGCACAGGCCCUAUGGUGCACCGCACAGCCUGAAUGUUGUCCAGGGGAUCCAGACCAGGGGAUGACUGAUGGUGGCUGGGGGAGGUGA